AUGUUCGGAAUCGUAAAUCAGCUCAAAUCGUUAUCACUUCGCCCUGUGCGAUCCUUGUCCGCUACAGUACCUGUUUCAAACCGCUUGGAAAAACGAUGGACAGAAAGGCGAACAAAGCGUCGCCAACUGACUAGAUUGUGGAAACAGAAUUCCGAAUACUUCGAAGAAAAGUGGCAUCAAAACUAUUCGAAGGAAAUCGACCGGAAAAAGGAUUUUGUCGCCAGUAUUUGGAAGUCGUAUGGGUUAGAAAAGGAGCCAGAAAAACUAUCAAUCGAGGAGAAAGAGAAGCUCAUAGAAAAGUACACUGAACAGGGGGUUUGGAACGCUCCUUUGACUUAUCGAGAAGUUCUGCAGUAUCAGACAACUUCGCCGACGAAUAAUACCAAAUAUCAGAAACAUAAGCCUACUCUUUGGAGAAAAAACUAUCAAGGACUUCAUACGGAUAUUCCUUUGGAACGAAUGGUUAACCCUCUUACAGGCGAAAAGUUCACAAAAGAAGAUCUCAAUCAAUAUUACACGGAAGGAAAAGAGUGGGAGCUCGAGCAAAAGAAAAAGAUCGGGGAACUCAAUCACGAAAAUAGACGACACAGCAAGGGAUGGGUGAGCAUGAGGGACUCAAGAGACUUUGAUGGAAUCGAAGUUGGUCGUUGGUUGCCGCUCAAAUGGGCUUGUCAUCCAAGUAGAUGGAGACCUGUUCAUAGACCAGCGAAGGGGCAUGGAAAGACCGAUAUGAAUCAUGUUCUUAGAGGCUACUGGGAGUCGGACUUCCCAACCAACUGGAGAUUCAAUGUUAUCAAGUCAACUGAUGUCGAUACUGCCUCUACUGGCCUCAACAAACCGCCAAUUUAUGAUAAAGAUUAUGUUCACGGCUGGUCAAAUCCCGAAAACUGGAGAAGACAAGCUCAUGCUGGCUUUGAAUUGAAACGUCGACAAAUGCCUGUUAAAAAGACUGCUCACUUGAAACGCUGGAAACAGGGUCGAUAA